AUGAUGGAAGAAUUGCAUAGCCUGGACCCACGAAGGCAGGAACUACUGGAGGCCAGGUUCACUGGAGUCGGGGUUGCCAAGGGUCCGUUAAAUAGUGAGUCUUCCAACCAGAGCUUGUGCAGCGUGGGUUCUCUGAGUGAUAAAGAAUUGGAGACUCCUGAGAAAAAACAGAAUGACCAGCGGAAUAGAAAAAGGAAAGCAGAAGCAUAUGAGACCAGUCAAGGAAAAGGCACUCCUAGAGGACAUAAAAUUAGUGAUUAUUUUGAGUUUGCUGGGGGAAGUGGCCCAGGAACCAGUCCUGGUAGAAGCGUGCCGCCUGUCGCCAGAUCAUCACCACAGCAUUCCUUAUCCAAUCCCUUGCCGCGGCGAGUGGAGCAGCCGCUGUAUGACCCGCAGGAGGAACCCUCUGCUCUGCCAACGCUGAUGUCGGUGAUGCUGGCGAAACAGCGGCUAGAGAAUGAGCAGCUGGCACAGAGGGGAGGUGGCCUCUGUUUUACUUUUGUCUCGGCCCAGCAAGGCAGCCCAUCUUCUACCGGAUCAGGGAACACUGAGCAUCCCUAAAAAACUUCCCAAAAACAGAUUUCCAUCCAGCACAAACAGUCACAGUCUGACCUCACAAUGGAAAAAAUAUCUGCACUAGAAAACAGUAAGAACUCUGACUUGGAGAAGAAGGAGGGGAGGAUAGAUGACUUACUAAGAGCCAACUGCGAUUUGAGACGGCAGAUAGAUGAACAGCAAAAGAUGCUGGAGAAGUACAAGGAGCGGUUGAAUAGAUGUGUAACGAUGAGCAAGAAGCUUCUUAUAGAAAAGUCAAAACAGGAGAAGAUGGCAUGCAGAGAUAAGAGCAUGCAGGAUCGAUUGAGGCUAGGUCACUUCACUACAGUGCGGCAUGGGGCGUCUUUCACCGAGCAGUGGACAGAUGGCUAUGCCUUCCAGAACCUCAUCAAGCAACAGGAAAGGAUAAAUUCCCAGCGGGAAGAAAUAGAAAGACAACGAAAAAUGUUAGCAAAACGGAAGCCACCUGCGAUGGGACAGACCCCUCCAGCAAGCAAUGAGCAGAAGCAGCGCAAGAACAAGACCAAUGGAGCAGAAAAUGAAACGUUAACGUUAGCAGAAUACCACGAACAGGAAGAAAUUUUCAAACUCCGGCUAGGUCAUCUUAAAAAGGAAGAAGCAGAGAUCCAGGCAGAGCUGGAACGGCUAGAGAGGGUUAGAAAUCUACACAUCAGGGAAUUGAAAAGGAUACACAAUGAAGAUAAUUCACAAUUUAAAGACCAUCCAACGCUAAAUGAUAGAUAUUUGUUGCUACAUCUUCUGGGUAGAGGCGGCUUCAGUGAAGUAUACAAGGCAUUUGAUUUAACAGAACAGAGAUAUGUAGCUGUGAAAAUACACCAGUUAAAUAAAAACUGGAGAGAUGAGAAGAAAGAAAACUAUCACAAACAUGCGUGUAGAGAGUACAGAAUUCACAAAGAACUGGAUCAUCCUCGAAUAGUUAAGCUAUACGACUACUUUUCGCUGGAUACUGACUCGUUUUGUACAGUGUUAGAAUACUGUGAGGGAAAUGAUCUGGACUUCUACCUGAAACAGCACAAGUUGAUGUCGGAGAAAGAGGCGCGAUCCAUUAUCAUGCAGAUUGUGAAUGCUUUAAAAUACUUAAAUGAAAUCAAACCUCCCAUCAUACACUAUGACCUUAAACCAGGUAACAUUCUUCUAGUCAAUGGUACUGCAUGUGGAGAGAUAAAAAUCACAGAUUUUGGACUUUCCAAAAUCAUGGAUGAUGACAGCUACAACUCUGUUGAUGGCAUGGAACUGACAUCGCAGGGGGCUGGUACUUACUGGUAUUUGCCACCAGAAUGUUUUGUGGUUGGGAAAGAACCUCCAAAGAUUUCAAAUAAAGUUGAUGUCUGGUCAGUAGGAGUCAUCUUCUAUCAAUGUCUCUAUGGCAGAAAGCCCUUCGGUCACAACCAGUCACAACAAGAUAUUCUGCAGGAGAACACAAUUCUGAAAGCUACCGAGGUGCAGUUCCCUCCAAAGCCAGUAGUCACGCCAGAAGCAAAGGCAUUUAUCAGACGUUGUCUGGCCUACCGAAAGGAGGAUCGGAUAGAUGUCCAGCAGCUGGCCUGUGACCCAUACUUGCUGCCUCACAUCCGCAAAUCUGUAUCCACAAGCAGCCCAGCUGGAGCUGCAAUUGCAUCCACCUCUGGAUCAUCCAAUAACAGCUCUUCAAACUGAGACACAGUAAUAGGCCAAAAACUGCUUGAGAAACCGGCAAAAAGACUUUCAGAAACAGCUUUGGAAUAGAGGAAUCCGCAAGGGUCUCAAGAAACCUGUACCAGGUGCUUUUUUUCUCUUGCUUUUUUCCAUCCAUGGAGCAUGACAACAUCAACUCUCAUCAAGAAAACCGUCAGCAUCUAGGCCAAGCCAUGUGGAUAGGAGAUGGCUUGAGUAAAUGACCACAAAAUGGUGGCUGCUCUGAGCAAGUAGGGGAAACUCAA